AUGGGUGGCUCCCAGUCCACUAACACCCCCUUGGAUUGCAUGCUGGCACAUUUUAAGGAGGGCUUCACUGAUGACUAUGGCGGGCCGGGUCAGACGCCCUUUCGGUUGAGGGCAUUUUGCGAGUCUGAAUGGCCGACGUUUGGAGUGGGGUGGCCCGCAGAAGGCUCCUUCUCAGUGGACUUGGCCCAGAAGGUCUAUCAUAUCGUUGUAACCCCGCCGGGCGACCACCCGGAUCAAUUCCCUUACAUUGACUCAUGGCUGUCUUUACUCCAAAAGCCGCCUCCCUGGUUGAAGCAAUGUAUGAAGUCAACAAAAAAUAUUAUGGUAGUGAAGCCGCAAGAGCGGCCCCUGAGGACGAAAAGCGGCUGCCGCCCUCAGAGGGCUGGCAGCGCACCUGACCUUGGGAAGGCUUCCUACCCCAGUAAAGCUGAAGGGCGCGACCCCCAGGAGCUGUUGCGGUCCCAGUCAAAGCCAAUAUACCCUACUUUGGAGGGGGGCAUGGAGCCACUCGACUUUGAGUGGCCUCCGCCCUACGUCCCUGCGCCUCCACCUGGGCCGCCUCUGCCGGCAGUUCAGCAUGUGGGUGCCGCGGGGGGGGGAGCACGGGUCCCCGUUCAGGCAACUCCGCCCGCGGUGCCGGCCCCAGCGUUGGGCACGCCGCCGGCGGCAGGGGUGAGGCAGCAUCCUAUGGUCACAAGGUCCCAGGUGCCAGCGUCUUCAGGUUCGACGCCAUGGAGAGGGGAGUUCCCGUGGUGGAGCCCUGCCUUGGCAGAGAUCCUUGAGAGGAGAAUGGGAGCCAGGAGAGGUUCUUUCCCGGGUUGCCCCGCUUCUCCCGCCGUCGCCAGCUUGCCCCCUCCCGGUUCUCCCCUGGAGCAAAUUGUGCGCGACCCCGGCAGUGCAGUUCGGGUUAAGACCCAGGCGGCUGAAGAUGAGGAAGGUGCCCCAACAGGGAGCACAGCUGCUCUGCCCGACCCAAGCGCCUCACCCAGCUCCCCUGUGGCUCAGGUCAUGCCACUGCGGCAGGUUCAAACACCUCAGUUUUUGGGACAGAACGGGCAGGUGCUGGGAGGUCAGAGCCGCUACCUUUAUACUCCCUUCUCUUCUGCCGACCUUUUAAAUUGGAAAACUCAUACGGCCUCCUACACCGAGAAGCCAGAAGCUCUUACAAAUCUUCUGACUAGCAUAAUGGGGACUCAUAGCCCAACGUUCUCGGACUGCCAGCAACUUUUCUUGACCCUUUUUACGACUGAAGAGCGUCAGCGUAUUUUUAGAGCAGCCAAAAAGAAGGCUGAGGAAGCAACCCCAGCCGGGGAGGCUAACCCUGCCCAGUGGUUGACCGACAGUUUCCCAGAUGCUGACCCUGGUUGGGAUGCAAACAACACGGAACAUAUGAGGCUCUUAAGAGCUUAUAGAGGUUACCUUAUAGCUGGCAUGCAGGAAGCAUCUAAAAAGGCCACCAACAUGAGUAAGAUCGGAGAGGUCUUGCAGAAGCCAGAGGAGGCCCCCGGAGCCUUCCUUGAGCGAUUGUAUGAGGCCUACCGCUUGUACUCGCCCUUUGACCCUGAAGCAGCCGAGAAUCAGCGGAUGGUAAACUGUGCGUUUGUGAGCCAGGCCGCGUCAGACAUAAAGCGAAAGCUGCAGAAGCAGGAAGGGUUUGCAGGCAUGAAUAUCACUCAGUUGCUAGAAAUUGCUCAGAAGGUGUUUGUGAAUCGGGAGCAGGAAGUUAAAAAGGCAGAAGAUAAAAAGAUGAAAAUGAAGGCCGCCCUGCUUGCCGCGGCUAUAGGGGAGCGAAAUCGGAACCAAAACAAUGGGAGGGCUCCCGCCGUGCCCCAAAGGGGACCCCAAAGGACAGGAGCUGUGGGGGGCCGUGAUCUAUCGUUCAUGAUUGAUACCGGCGCUGAGUUUUCGGUCGUAAAUACGCAGGUGGCCCCCACCACCAGACAGACUGUGCCCAUUGCAGGAGCCACUGGGAAAACCGGCCCAAGACCUUUCCUCCAAGAACGUAUUUGUGAUUUGGGAACACAUUUGGUCCAGCACAGAUUCUUAUAUGUUCCUGAAUGCCCUCUCCCUCUGUUGGGUCGCGACCUCCUAUCCAAAUUAAGAGCAGCCAUCUAUUUCGAGGAAGAUGGCCAAGCCAGCGUGGAGUUCCGGGCUAAGCCCGCCGGUGUCCUUGUGCUCACCUGCCCUUUGGAAGAGGAGUGGCGACUCUUCCAGGGAUCCCCAGAGAAAAGCCUCACAGGUCAGUGGGCCUCCGUUGUCCCUGGGGUGUGGGCAGAAGAUAAUCCACCGGGCUUGGCCCGCCACCAUGCUCCAAUCAUUAUUGAACUUCAACCAGAUGUGCAGCCUGUUCGCCUGCGGCAGUAUCCCAUCCCUUGGAAGGCCAUAGAAGGCAUUCAAAAACAUUUGGACAGAUUACUGAAGUAUGGCAUCCUCAAAGAGUGCCAGAGCCCUUGGAACACUCCACUGCUCCCAGUUCAAAAGCCUGGCACAGGCGAGUUCAGGCCAUGCCAGGAUCUACGCGCAGUGAAUAAAAAGACUGUAACCUUGCACCCGGUGGUGCCAAACCCCUAUGUCUUGUUGGGGUUGGUGCCACAACAGGCGGACUAUUUCUCAGUCUUGGAUCUCAAAGAUGCGUUCUUUUGCCUACGGAUUGCCCCUGUGAGUCAGCCCAUAUUUGCGUUCCAAUGGCAGGAGCAGAGCACUGGAAGAAAGCUCCAGUACACUUGGACGCGCCUUCCCCAAGGUUUCAAAAACAGCCCUACUCUUUUCUCCAAUGCCUUAGCACAAGACCUGCAGGACUUUGACGCCGUCCCGGGUGAGUGUGUUCUAAUUCAGUAUGCUGAUGACUUGUUAAUAGCUGCCCAAGGACAGGAGCGCUGCUACCGGGCGACCCUCGAACUUUUGGAUUUGCUGUGGAGAGCAGGGUAUAAGGUGUCAAGGAAGAAGGCACAGUUGUGCCAAGCCCAAGUGCGGUAUUUAGGGUUCCACGUAUCCCAGGGAACUCGCACAUUGGGCCGCGAAAGGAAAGAAGCUGUUUGCGCUCUGCCAGAGCCCACGUCCAGACGUCAGGUUCGAGAGUUUCUGGGGGCAGCAGGGUUCUGUCGAGUAUGGAUCCCGAAUUUUGCCUUGAUUGCCAAGCCCCUGUACGAAGCUACUAAAGGCGGGGAGCGGGACCCGUUCCUGUGGACAGCCGAGCAGAAAAACGCUUUUCAAGAGCUGAAACGGCUGUUGAUGGAAGCCCCAGCAUUAGGGCUACCCGAUGUGGAAAAGCCUUUUACCCUUUUCGUUCAUGAACGGCAGGGAGUGGCGAUUGGCGUGCUGACUCAAGCUCUGGGCUCCUGGCAGCGCCCGGUCGCCUACCUCUCAAAGCAACUGGACUCAGUCGCUAAAGGAUGGCCGAGCUGCAUCCGAGCUGUCGCUGCGACAGCAGAACUUAUCAAGGAAGCCGACAAGCUGACCUUGGGGCAUGAGCUUGAAGUGCAGGUACCACACGCUGUCCUGACUCUGAUGGACUAUAAAGGUAACUAUUGGUUCACAAAUAGUCGGAUGACGAAGUACCAAGCUAUGAUGUGUGAGAACCCACGAAUCCGCUUGACUGUUACGGGAGCUCUGAACCCCGCAUCCCUGCUGCCCAUCAGUGACCAACCUAUUGAGCACGACUGCAUCCAGACCAUGGAUGAGAUCUACUCCAGCCGCCCCGACUUGACGGACACCCCUUUGUCCGAUCCAGAUGUUGAGUAUUACACAGAUGGAAGCAGUUUCAUGCAGGGCGAGCAUCGUUAUGCCGGCUACGCGGUCGUCACAUGUCAGAGAACUGUGGAAGCACGACCUUUGCCGCCAGGAACAUCUGCCCAGAAGGCCGAAUUGAUUGCUCUGACCCGUGCAUUGGAGCUGGCAGAAGGAGUGACUGCGAACAUCUAUACCGAUUCCAAGUAUGCCUUUUUGACUUUGCACGCCCAUGGAGCCCUGUAUAAGGAAAAAGGACUUAUAAAUGCUGCGGGGAAGGCCAUCCGGUACGGUCCGGAAAUUCUAAAACUAUUAGAGGCUGUUUGGGCCCCACGCAAGGUCGCCGUGAUGCACUGCCGGGCUCAUCAAAAACCCCUUAGUCCCGUGAGUAUGGGAAAUCGGAAAGCCGAUGAGGCUGCCAAAUGGGCAGCAACCCAAGGUGUUGAGCAGGGGCGAGACGCGCCCGCUUACCCCGUAUUUCAGGUCAAAUUGUCUGAAUGGUGCCCCCGAUAUAGUAAAGCUGAGGAAGCGUGGGCCGAGGCCCAAGGGGCUUCCAAAACCCGAGUACAAGGGUGGAUUCAGCUACCUGAUAAUAGGCUGGCUGUGCCUGAUUCCCUCGCAUGGCCCCUUGUGCUACAAGCACAUGAUGGAACUCAUUUUGGGAAAACUGCAUUGGCAGAACUAUUGGAUAGGCAAGUGUAUAUUGCAAAACUGCAUAGCCUGUGUGAAAAAGCUGCCCUUCGUUGUGUUUCCUGCGCUCAGAACAACCCUAGGCAGGGUCCAAAUCGUCCCCCAGGUAUACAGCAUAUAGGGACAACUCCCUUUGAAUCUAUCAUCACUGAUUUUACCGAAAUGCCUCGAGCAGGCUGUUGGAAAUAUUUGCUUGUGUUUGUGUGUACCUAUUCUAACUGGAUUGAAGCUUUUCCGACAAGAACGGAAAAGGCAGCAGAAGUAGUGAAACAUUUAUUGAAAAGCAUACUCCCUUUCUGGGGUCUCCCAGUGACAAUUUCCUCCGAUAACGGGCCAGCAUUUGUCCAUAAAAUUGUACAGGGGGUGUCACGAGUGUUACACAUUAAUUGGAAGUUGCAUGCAGCCUAUAGACCACAGUCUUCGGGUAAAUGCGAGCGGGCCAAUAGGUCGAUAAAAGCUCAGCUUUCAAAGUUGUGUCAGGAAACUAGUCUGAAAUGGCCAGACGCAUUGCCCAUUGCCUUGUUUAGAUUGCGUUGCAUGCCCAAGAAAGGGUUAAAAGUUAGCCCAUAUGAAGUGGUUUUUGGUCGACCACCACCUAUUGUAAGAGGGAUAAAAGGUGACCCAGCCCAGAUUGGGAAUCUUGUUUGGUUCCAAGAGAUACAAUCGCUGGGAAAAGCAAUGAAUGAUGUAUCUAAAUAUGUGUUAGAGACUCUCCCUUUGCAGGUUCAUAAUCCGGUCCACCCGUUCCAACCCGGGGACUCUGUGUGGGUAAAGAUUUGGAGAACCCAGCCGCUCCAGCCACGGUGGAAAGGCCCGUUCACUGUCUUGCUUUCUACCCCAACUGCAGUUAAAGUCCAGGGACUGCCCAGGUGGAUCCAUUGGACGCAUUUGAAGCGAGCGGCCACCGACUGGCAGGUGCAGCAAGCCCCCGGGAACGGGCUGCGACUGAAGCUCACAAGAAGAAAUCGUCCUCUGGACCUCACUCACCGGAAGUAG